AUGGGAGCACUAAGUAGUCGGAUGUCCUGGAACAGAGUGGAGGAGCCAGGUGCCCCUGAGGGGGAGGAGGAGGCUGAGGAGGUAGCAGUGGCAGCGAUAGAGGAAGGGGAGGAGAGUGAAGAGGCGAGGCCCACCACUAGUCAAGGGCGCCACAAGCGGAAGACAGGCCCAGGACGGCAGCUCACAAAAGCGCCCUGCGGGAAGCGAGCAAAAGACAGUUUAGGGUCCGUUUAUGAGGCACUUUUCCUGAGAGGAGAAGGGAGUGACGUGCAGAUCCGUGCCCUGGGGGAGGAGUGGAACCUGCACAAGGUCAACUUGUGCCAGUCAGGAUACUUUGCCAGCAUGUUCAGUGGUGCUUGGCGUGAGACAACCAUGACUACUGUAGAGUUGCAGAUGCCUGACGAGAACAUUGAUUGUGAGGCACUGCACGAGGCUUUAGGUUCCCUGUACCGAGACUCUGUGCUCAUCCCACGGGGUCGAGUGGUCCCCAUGCUGGCCACAGCCAGCAUGCUGCAGCUGGAUGAGCUGAUUGAGCAGUGCAGAGAGAUCAUGAAGGACACCGUCAAUGUUCAGACCGUGUGCAGCUACUACUACUCUGCUGAGUGCUACGGACUCCAGGACAUCAGGGCCAUGUGUCUUCAGUGGCUGCUGGACAACCUGAUGACCCGGCAUAAUGAGGAGUUAUUGAGAGAAGUUAGCCUGGAUCUCAUGAAAGAGGUCAUUGCCUCUUCAGAGCUCUUCGUGAUGGAGGUAGAGAUGGAUGUGUACACCACGCUGAAAAAGUGGAUGUUCCUGCAGCUGCAGCCGACAUGGAGAGGCCCCCACAGAGACCUACUGCCUGACGCCGACUCGUGGUUUGCUGGGUCCAGGCAGGAGUCAGAGGGCACCGCUUUCCUGGAGACCGAGCAGGGCAGAGCCUUCGCGCCAGUGUUCCAGCAGCUGCGGCUUGCCUGCAUAAUCAGCGACCUGCCAUCAGCACGCAUCAUCGACCAGGAUGCGCUGAUCCCUGCCACGUGGCUGAGCCCAGUGUACAAAGAGCAGUGGCUUGCCCUCCUCCGGGCUGAGCAGACCAGAGAGCUCGGGCCCACGGAUGUCUGCGUGUCCGACCUCCAGAGGACCAGCAUGCGGUGCGGGGGCCGGCUCUACAGGGAUGAGCAGUGCAGCUGGCGGUGGGCAGGCUUCAACUUCGGCUGGGACUUGGCGGUGUACUAUGCCAACCGGCGCAUCAUUUUCAAGCACAGCGCGCUGAACAAGUCUGGCGGCCUUGCGGUCAGCUUACUCUGGCAGAGAAAGGUCGCGUUCCGCCUGCGCCUGGCCUCCUUGGACAGGGCUGGAAGAGCCAUUCUCCGGAGGGAGACAGAAUACCAGGUGCUUUCCCUGGGAAAGGAUGAAGAGCUAGAGGUAGUGAAUCUGGAGAACGAACAUGUGGUUUUCCCCAUAUAUGUGACCUGUAGUUUCCUGUACCUCCCCAGAGAGGGGCGUUUUCCUGAGUGA